AUGAGCAGGCGGCUGCUGUGCCUGCAAACUUACCUGUGCGAAUUAAGCCGGCCGCCCCGCCCUGCGCCGCGUCUGCAGGCGGCGAACGAGCGGCGGCGGCGGCCCCGCGGGGCUUCGUCACGGGCGCUGGGAGACGGCCCGCCGGUCCCUCGGCCGCCUCCAGGCCUGCGCGGCGCGCCCCCGCCCCUCCGGCCGGCCUCCGGGCCCCGCUCCCACCGGUGCCUCCCGGCCGACCGCCGCUGCCCGUCCGCCUCGGGCCGCGGGCGAGGCCGGAACCCAGGCGCCGGCCCCCGUUGUCCGCCGGGGCGCCGAGAGAAGGGACCGCGGCGGCGGCGGAACGGAAGGGAGGUGGGGGUCCCGUCACGCGGGGACGCGCUCUUCCGGCCGCGCUCCCCGCCCGGCGUCCGCCGCCGCGAUGCUCCGCGGAGUCCCGGCCGUCCUGCCGCUCCGCCCCGCCGCGCGGUGCGCGGUGGUUCCGGGCGGGCCGACCCCGGCCAGAGUACUGGGCAGAGGUGUUUCUAUAGCAACACAGUCAUUAACAAUUCAUUGCCAACACGUGUGCAAGCCUGCGCCCGUGAGCAUCGCAUGUGCACAGCUGGCCAGCAGAUCAAGGUCAGGACAAAAAAUAAUAUCCAAAGAUAUUUUGGCACCAACAGCGUGCUCUACUGCAAGGAAGAUAAGCAGUCUCUUCCAACUGGUGAGAUCUCCAAGGAGACAGAGAGCCAAAACGGUGGACGGAAAAAUACGAAAAAAGACGUGUUAAAUAUUAUUAAGAGCAUGAAAUUUGAGUCAAACACAGUAAAUGUACAAACAACAAAACCACGAAACAAAAGACAACUUAAGAGUUUGCAGGCUGCACUUGGCAGGCUUCAGAAUCAACAAGAUACCCCGCAGAAGAGAAGUGCGGCCCUGAGUCCCGUGUUGGUGGCGGCUGCGUCCGCGGUUGCAGAUUCUCUUCCUUUCGACGAGCGGACGACCAAGUCGGAGCUGCUGAGGCAGCUGCGGCUGCACGAGGCCAGUGUGAAGGCGCAGAGAGGCCGGGAGGGGCCUGCGGUCAGUUUCAGCAACAUAAUAUCAGAUAUGAAAGUUGCCAGAUCUGCCACGGUCAGAGGCCCCCCAAGGCCAGUGCACGAGAUCCAACUUGAUGAAGAAGCAGACGAGCAUGUGGGCCAGAAGGGAGCCGGGGGCCUCGGGGAAAGUCUGAGGAGAAAUAUAUUAAAGGGCAAGAGACUUAAUAUUUUUCAGCUUAAGGCAGUUGCUGAAGAGGCACCUGAAACAGAGACAGCACCUACUCUUUGGGAUGUGGAGUUUGCUAAGCAGUUAGCUGCAGUGACUGAACAGCCCUCUCAGAACGGCUUUGAAGAGAUGAUCCAGUGGACAAAGGAAGGCAAACUGUGGGAGUUCCCGGUCAACAACGAGGCAGGUUUUGAUGAUAAUGGUUCAGAAUUUCAUGAACAUAUAUUUCUGGAUAAAUACCUGGAGGAUUUUCCAAAACAAGGACCAAUUCGCCACUUCAUGGAGCUGGUGACCUGCGGCCUUUCCAAAAACCCAUAUCUGAGUGUUAAACAAAAGGUCGAACACAUAGAGUGGUUUAGAAAUUAUUUUCAUGAAAAACGAGAAAUUCUAAAAGAAAAUGACAUACAGUUCAAUUGAGAACUGUGGAAAUUUUUAUUUCAUACUGUUGGAGAUACAUAUUCUAACUAAAUAAAACCUAACCAGAAGUUUUCCUAUAUUGUGUUAAUUAUCCCAUCUGAUUUGAAUAGUUAAAUGUUAAAUUAUUUGGAAGUAUAUAAUUGUAAUGAAAAAUAUUCUGGCAUGGAGAAAAAUAAAACCUUUAUAGAUUCAGUUA